GCGCUGCUUUACGUCACGUCACUGUUGUCAAGCAGCCUGUUUUAAAUAAAGCUUUGGCAAAACGCGUGUUGAUAAUUCUGGAAGGAGCUGACUCGCUCAAGUGUCAUAUCUGAAAGGCUCGCAUUCAGCCCGACAUAUUUUCUUAUCAAUUAAUAUCCUUCCUAGUGCCGAGUAAAGCCCUGAGAACAUGGCAGAAAGCGACUGGGACACAGUGACUGUGUUGAGGAAGAAGGGCCCCACUGCUGCACAGGCCAAGUCCAAACAGGCUAUCACUGCUGCUCAGAGACGUGGGGAGGACGUUGAGACUUCCAAGAAAUGGUCCGCAGGGCAAAACAAACAGCAUCUGGUGACAAAAAAUACAGCCAAACUGGACAGAGAGACGGAGGAGCUCCACCAUGACAGGGUUCCACUGGAGGUGGGGAAGGUCAUCCAGCAGGGCAGGCAGGAGAAAGGACUGACCCAGAAAGACCUCGCCACUAAAAUUAACGAGAAGCCUCAAGUUAUCGCUGACUAUGAGACUGGGAAAGCGAUACCCAAUAACCAGGUGAUGGGCAAAAUUGAGAGAGCUAUUGGUCGAAAACUGCGUGGGAAGGAAAUUGGCCAACCCCUGGAGCCAAAGUCCAAACAGAAAUGAACACAAAGCCUCGAAAUCAGCCCUUCCCAAAACCAUAUUUGAUCCUCCAACUCUAAACUCCCCACUCCUCCCUGGGCUGAUCUCAACCUGGUCCUGCCUGAGGACCUGGUGCUCCACUGCAUCGCAGGUGUUUACUAACCAAUCAUCUGAAACACCCUGACCACGUAAACGUACAUGAUUGAAUACGUCACAAACUUGAAAAUGGGUGAAUUUAUUUUCGCUCGUGUCUGUUUAAGAUUUUGGCAUGAUAAAAUUCAACCUUCUGAUUGUGGUAAGUCAUUGAAAAGGUGAAUUGUUUUUCAUGAUCGAACAGGUUUGACUAACUUUAAAUCUGAGCAUGAAGUGCUUGAUUGCAUCUUCUUUUUUUUUUUUUUUUUUUUUUUGU